ACAUUUCAAAACAAGUAAUAAACUAAAAAUAACGUGAUAAUUUCAUAGAUAAAUGUCUUCUUUUGGUGACAAGAUAAAUGUCCCACUCUUGCACCUUAAAACCUUCCAUCUAGAGAGAAGAAGAAACUCGAUCGAUCAUCACUUUACUUUAGAUAAUUGUUUGUUAUAUUUUUCUGAUCAUGGCAGACGAGACCCAGAAAAAGUAUGAGAGUAGAGAGGUUGAGGUCCAGGAUCGUGGUAAGAAAAAGGAUGAAGAACUCAAGACUCAGCCUCGGGAGGAGGAAGGAGAAGAUGGAGAGAAAAGGAAGAAGAUCGAGGGUGAUCAUCAUCAUCACAAGGAGGAGGACACAAGUGUUCCUGUUGAGAAGGUUGAGGUUGUCACAACAGCACACUCUGAGGAAAAGAAGGGGUUCCUCGACAAGAUUAAGGAGAAGCUACCAGGGCACAAGAAGACAGAGGAGGCCGAAGCUACUCCUCCUCCUUCUCCACCACCUGUUGCAUCAUUGGAGCAUGGUGAGGGUGCUCAUCAUGAAGGAGAAGAAAGGUAUAUUAGAGAAGAUAAAAGAGAAGCUUCCUGGUUAUCACCCCAAGACAGAGGAGGAGAAAGAAAAGGAAAAGGAGAGUGGUGCUCACUGGAUUGAGACAAGGUUUUUUUGUUGGUUGGAGAUGAUUGUGGUGUGUGCUUUCUUUUCAUUGACAGCCUUAUGGUUUUCUUUUGUGUU